AUGCAAAUGAUUCGUCUUCAAUCAGAUGAAAUCAGUCGUUUACAAGAUGAAAUCAUCCUCCGAAUAUUAAACAGAUUAAUCGAUUUGAAAACCCUUUGCUUUUGCUAUCUGGUUUCCAAACGUUUCUCCUCGAUUGUACUUCAAGUCGAUGCCAUUUCCUUCACUUCUCCUCUCUGGACUCCCGAUAAGAACACCAUCGGUGAUGUUGCCCCAAGUAAUCCAUUUCCGCCGAUCAUUUCUUCUUUUUAUGGCGAGUCCUUUCUAUCUGCUUAUAGGUUUUUGAUCAAGUUUAAAGGAGUGAUAGAACUUCUAUCUUCGGGUCUCCGUGCUGUGGAUAAUCGUUUGUUCAAGUGGAAGGUCAAGUUUGGUAACAGAAUCGAAUCAGUUAUAUUUCUGUCCCCGAAUUCAAUUUUCUAUAAGGAUGAACUCUAUUUUAAUGGGAAUGGGGAUGAAGAAGAACGCAACAAACGUCACAUUGCGUUUCAGUGUCUGAAGGAUGUGACGGCAAGGCAUAUGAUGCUGUUGCACCUGGUUAAGGAUCUGCCAUUGUUAGAAGAGGUAUCCAUUACUGAUUCAGAAAGAAGAGGGAGGCUUUCCUUGAAGGGGGAAAAACUCAGUGAGGUGAAAGAAUGGUUGCCAGUUUCAGGGUACGUGAUGAAGGGGGUAUUUGUUAUGGUAAUGGAGAUGAAAGAUCUCGAGAGUGAAAAUGAUAUUCUUAUGAACAGUGAAGAUGGUGGUUUUGAAGAUAAAGAAGAGGCUGCAUAUACCGAAGCUCUGAUGGAGAUUAUGGAGAAACAUAAAGGCAUGAUGAAUACCCUGAGCCUCAACUCACGUUGUGGUACCUUAAGGAGGCGGUUGAGGGGUCUCUUGAACGGGAAAUUAACACUGUAGCACAACCAAGUUCAUGUUUUUUCCCAAAUUGAUUAUCAAAGUUUUUUUUUUUGCACAAUUAGUCAUUAAACUUCCAAUUCACUUGUUAAAUAGGUAUUCAACCUAAAAAACUAUCGGUUUCCUAGUUAGUUUGGCUUAUAUGACAUAAAUGAGGUGGACAUAUAACUUUCACAUACUCCCUAUUUAUUAUGUAACCCUAUUGGUCUAACUACCAUACCAACCACAUUUUUCUUUUUGAGAAAAAAGGGUUGGAGACCGGCUGACCACCAUGGCGACCGACACCGGAGACGGAAGCAUUGGCAGCGAUCUUGGUCACCGGAGCACAACCCUGGCCAAGGAAGUCAUGC